UCACUCGGAGAGGCAGCGAGGGCUGGGAAGGAAGGAGGAAAGGAGGGAAGGAGGGAAGGAAGGAGGGAAGGUACCCUGGACACGCCAUGGCCACCCGCACCGUGCCCCACGCCUACCCCAUGAGCUCCGAGUACGAGUUUGCCAACCCCAGCAAGAUCUACGACCAGAACUUUGGAGAAGGUGUGUCCCCAUCGGAGAUUUUAGCCCCUGCCCUGUACCACGGCUACUACAUCCGCCCCAGGAUCAACAAGCAGCUGGAGAGGGGCACCUCGGAGAUCUGCCUGAACCAGCACAAGUUCCAGGUGUUCCUGGAUGUUUGCCAGUUCCUGCCCCAAGAGCUCAGCGUCCGCACCGUGGACAACCUGCUGGAGGUGGUGGGGCAGCACCCGCAGAAGGCUGAUCGCCACGGCUUCAUCUCCAGGGAGUUCACCAGGACCUACAUCCUGCCCCUGGACGUGGAUCCCCUGCUGGUCAGGGCCACCCUGUCCCACGACGGCAUCCUGAGCAUCGUGGCUCCCCGCACGGGCAAGGAGGUGAAGGCCAGAGUCAACGAGGUGAAGAUAACGCAGCAGGAGCAGCCAGUGGGGAGAGGAGAGCAGGCUGAGGAAGGGAAAGAGAAGGAAAAAUCCUAAAGGCUGCAGACGUGGGAAGGU